AUGAAGUCUGCCUUACUUUUACUUCUCCUUGCUGGUCAUCUCUGUGCUGCUGCGGAUUUAGCUGAUACAACUACACCAUUAGCAGAUGCUGGUGUUGCAGCUACUACUACCACUCCUUUAGCAGAUGGAGCUGCGGCUGCCGCUGUUGACACAACAACAACUACUCCUCUUGUCGAUGGUGCAGUCGCUACAACUACUCCACUUAAUGGUGUAGUCACUACUCCAGUCACUACAGCAGCCACCACCACUCCUACCACAGUCGUUCCCGGAGCUGAUCCUGCUACUACAACUACCGGUACAAACACGAAAACAGGUACCACCACUUCUAAAACCGGUACAACUCUACCAACAACUAUUACAACCGCAACUGGUCCAGCAGAUCCAGCUACCAUGAAUGCAUCCCAACUCAGCCAAUACUCACUCACAAUCACCAUGAAUGCUGCCCAACUUGCAUCCUAUAAAGCUACUCAUACCGACCCAGCUUCUAAAGCAACUACUACUAAUGGACCAAGUCCGGAUGAAAAUCCUAAUACUGAGGUAGAUGGUACGACUAAGGGGCUUACAUUUGUGACUACUAGAGUAUUGAGAUCGACUUCCGCUGCAGCUACUGGUGGUACACUGUCUGGUGUUAAGAAUGCGAAUGGGGGUGUGAGUGAAGUAGUUAGUGGGAAGAUGAUUUUUGUUUCUGUUGUUAUUGGUGUUUUGAGUGGUGCUUUGGGAUUGUAG